UCAUAGGCUACAGAAAGCGUACGGGGCUGGUGCGCGAUGAGCUUCAAAUAAUUCGUUGAUUAAUUAGAAGACCCCGGUGGCUUUUAGGUUUAGCAUAAAUAUACUGAAAAAUACUAAAGUGUACAUAGGAUGUCGUAAAAAGAAAUGAAUUAUCAGGGUUACGCUUUGAGGUACAAAAAGGCAUAGCUAGCUAGUUACCGUAACCAGUUUUUUUUUUUAGCUUGCUGGCUAUCGGGGUUGUUAGGUGGGUUAGCUGCUGCGCUGUAACGCAGGCAUUUGCUAACGGUAACUAGCCCGCUAAUCCACCGCACACAGCUGCAGGAGACAGCACUGCAUGGCGCGGUAAUGGUUGUCAUUCUGCCGCUGUUCACCUUCGAUGAGCUAGUCUUUUAGCUCGCUGGCGUGUCCGUUAGCUGAUGGACGGUUUUGCGGGCGCUCUGUGCGUUGUUCGGUUUCGGUACUGGGGCGGUUAGCUAGGCUAGUUAGCAGGAAUCCAGCACGGAUGUCUCGGCAGACAGCUUUGUCCCGCAGUCACUGGGACAACUCGAGUUGUUAGGCAGCAUAUCAAACUGCAGUGAAGGAGUGUCCGUGGUACAGGCUUUAGCAAGCAGUUAGCAAUACGUGGUAAUUACACAGCUGGUCUCGGAUGUCUACACACAGACCACGUUAGCUUUUAUGCUAACUAAACCAGAUUCGAGUGUUGUCGCCUUGUGUCAUUUCGCUGUAUAAUAGUCAGGAUUGUUUGUUUUUUAGCCUAAUAUUUCAGGAUUCAGGGCCCAAAUCCUAGCUCUUCUGCUCAUUCACUUUUAUCUGCUCAGCUACUCUGCAGCAGGGCACCGUGUUUUUUUUGUGCUUUAAUAUCUAUAUCUACAUCGACAGGCCUACGCGAUGUGCAUCAUUUUUAUCAUCUAACAACAUUUCACGUCGUGUUUUUUUCCCGCACCUAAACGCUGAAUAAAGGAAACCACCUGCUAUAGCAGUCAGAGGCUACAGGCUUGGUACUUCUUUGAGAAAAGUCGGCUCUUUUUCUGAACCACUGCGGCGAUGACGCUGGAGUCGAUGAUGGCCUGCUGCCUGAGUGAGGAGGCCAAGGAGUCGAAGAGGAUCAACGCUGAGAUCGAUAAACAGCUUCGCCGAGACAAGCGAGACGCAAGGAGGGAGCUGAAACUUCUCCUCCUGGGCACAGGUGAGAGUGGCAAGAGCACCUUCAUCAAACAGAUGCGCAUCAUUCAUGGCUCGGGCUACACCGACGAGGACAAGCGCAGUUACACCAAGCUCGUCUACCAAAAUAUAUUCACCUCCAUGCAGGCAAUGAUCCGUGCCAUGGACCACCUCAAGAUCCUGUACAAGUACGAGCAGAAUAAGGCCAACGCUCUCCUGGUGAGGGAGGUAGAUGUGGAGAAAGUGUGCUCUUUUGACCAGCCGUACAUCAACGCAAUAAAGAUGCUGUGGGCCGACCCAGGGAUUCAGGAGUCCUACGAUCGCAGGAGAGAGUAUCAGCUGUCUGACUCCACAAAAUACUAUCUAAGUGAUCUGGAUCGUAUCGCAGACUCAUCCUAUCUACCAACCCAACAAGAUGUCCUUAGGGUCCGUGUUCCAACUACAGGCAUCAUUGAAUACCCUUUUGACUUGCAAAGCAUAAUUUUCAGGAUGGUGGAUGUGGGGGGCCAGCGUUCAGAACGCAGGAAGUGGAUUCACUGCUUUGAGAAUGUGACCUCCAUCAUGUUCCUUGUUGCCCUGAGCGAGUAUGACCAGGUCCUGGUGGAGUCAGACAAUGAGAACCGAAUGGAGGAGAGCAAAGCCCUUUUCCGGACAAUAAUCACCUACCCCUGGUUCCAGAACUCCUCUGUCAUUCUGUUCCUCAAUAAAAAGGACCUGCUGGAGGAAAAGAUCAUGUAUUCUCACCUGGUUGACUACUUCCCAGAGUUUGAUGGUCCACAGAGAGAUGCCCAGGCAGGACGAGAGUUCAUUCUGAAGAUGUUUGUGGAGCUGAACCCUGACAGUGACAAGAUCAUCUACUCUCACUUCACUUGCGCCACGGACACCGAGAAUAUCCGCUUCGUUUUUGCCGCCGUCAAAGACACCAUUCUGCAGCUGAACCUCAAAGAGUACAACCUGGUGUGAGGGAGGGAGGGAGAGGAGGAGUGAGAAAGAGGGACACCUGCAGCCCAGGCACAACAGUUUUUAAUGUAUCCCACAUACAUCCACGCUCAUAACAUAAUCAAGAUUUAGACUGACACAGCUCUGCUCUUUUUCAGGCACAGAUAUUUGUUUGUUGUUUUUCCUUCUUAUUAUUAUUAUUACUCGACCAGGUUUUCGUUUUUGUUUAAUUUCUGACGGCGUUAUCAGUUGCUGCAGGCAGUGUCUUGCCUUAUCCCAUCAGCUGAUAACUCCACUGCUUGUCCCUCCUGAUUGCCUCUCAAAUGAGAGAGUUAGGGCACUUAGUCUGCGUGUGGUGGUGCUCAAAAGGGGCAGCAGAGUUGCUCCAGAUGAGUAAGAAUUGAUGUAAGACCUUAGUAGAGGAGAACCUGUCCUUGAUCUGUAUGGAGGUCUAACUGGUAGCUCAAUGUGAAAUGCCGAGCUCUUGACACGGCAACGUUCUAGCAGGGCAUUGAGUGCAGGUUUUUUUUUUUUUUUUUUUCUGUGUGCCUCACCAAGGCUGAACCUCACCUUACAUAUUUGAAUGUAACUUGGUUUGAUUAACAUCUAACCAGUUGUUAAGACAUUUCUUGCAGAACGGCAGAGACCGUGUGGAUUUGAUUUUUUUUUUUUUUGUAUAUUAGGAGUAAUUUAAACAUUUCACACAGCCCUACUGCUGUAGCAAACAAAAGGUUAGUGGUGAGUUAUGUGAAAAUAGAUUCCUUCCAAAUGAAUGGGCUAGAUCAGUGCGUGUCGAUACCUUGCCAUGAUUUCAUAUGUAGAUUUAGAGGUCCUCUGUAAACAAAACAGCAUAACUCGCAGUGGGUUUCCUUCUCCGUCUGUACCGUUUAACAAAUUAUUAUUCAGCUACGUUGAAGUUGAUUUGUUUGCUACGUUUUUGCCAGUAUUGGUUGCCUACUUGGUACAGUUUGAAGGGAUUUAAAAAGAAAUAAUCUACAACGAUGUAUUUAGAAGUUUGCAAAACUAAAUUGUAUUUUCUGUAUGUUUACAUGCAUUGUUACGAAUCAUUAGUUUCAGUAUAACCCAGGUGUUAUUUUGCCACAUAGUAUCUUUUAUUUCAACAAUGUGAUAUGGUAACUAAAUACUGUUGUUAUGGAGUGCAUCAUGCUUACUUCAUGGUAAAAUCCAAGAUCAUUUCAAUAGGUGAUGUUUGUGUGACAACAGUUUGGUUUGAAGUAGACUCUAAAAGCAGUACGAUUCCGUAGUGUUCAAACUGCUGGUUCCAUGAAGAAUGUUUCUUUGGCCGACAUUGUUCUACUACACAAGCGUGCUGUACAAACGUGAAAUCAAUCUUUUCUAUUUAUGUAAUUUAUGGACCAGAUAUAUAAAUAAUGUUAAUAGGACUUGUUUCCCCUCAAAUGAUUGUUUGAAAUGAAAGGGGAGGAGUCCAUACUGCUGUAAAAUCUAUAGGCUAUUGAUAUACUUUUCUUUCAGUAUUUUGUACAUGCUUGUCACUUUUUUUUUUUUUGUAAGAUUGGUAAAGUUGAAUUGCCAUUUCAAAGAUAUGCUUUAUGCAAAUAGGAAAUCCUUAGUCAGCUGUCAGUUGUAGCCUUAGAGGUUUACGAUCGGUAUCAGUUUUAGUACCAUUUCCUAGUUGUUGCUUGUCAACUCUAGGUGUCAUACCUGUUGUGGUAAGGAGCUGAUUAAGUUGAUUUUUUUUUUCUUUGCCAUGUAAUUCAGGUGAGUUUUCAUACUUUCAUUAUAAGGGCUAAUUAUGGGUGACAUUGACGGGAUGCAAGAGCGCUAUUGAGUCUGAAACAGCAAUAGGUGCAAUGAAGCGAGUAGCUGAAUCGGGGUGACGGUGUGUUCAUGUGUGGAUGAUGGGAUGAUUAUCGCGACUGCAGAUUUAGCGUUUAAAAUGUGCCAGGGGUACAUCUGAGAAAUCAUAUGUUCGACUACAUGCAUUGGAAAGCUUUGGGUAAUUCUAGACUUGAGAGAAAAGUUAUUUCAUUAUUCCCCUCCUGUCCCCCUCUGCUUCAUGUGCUGUGGUGUGAUGUAGGAUGAAUUGUGGGAUUAGUGUAGGAUGUGUUCAAGUUGCAUAGAGGAGCAUGCUACACCAUUAGAUUUUUCACAAGCAUCUGGCAUAUUUAUGCAAUUUUUUUUUGGUUUGGUACAACAAUAAAACUCUGAUCUCUGCAUCAUGCUCGGGCCCUGUUAGGACGAACAUUUUCCCCCCUUUUGUUUUCCCCAGUGGUGGCACCUUUCUUUGAUAAUUAUAUAGUGGAGAUGUAUGUGCCAUUACCAAAACAUCUUGCUUUGUAUUAUAUUCCCUAUCAUCUGUGAUGUACAUGUUUUUUUUUAUAUUUGUUACCAAAACAAAGGUUGUGCAGUUUGAGAACAGCAUCAGUGCAAUUUAUUUUAUUUUUUUUUUUGGUGCCACAAAUCACACGAUGCUUUUUUUUUAAAAUAAUUAUUAUUAUUUCACCUGUAUUACAGAAUACUUCAGUCUUUCAGUUUUGCACUGCACAUGCUGUUCUUUGAGUAUUUAUAGAUUGUAAACCCUGUCUACGUUUGACUUGCAUUUAGACCUAAAAGGCUAACGAUGACCAUGUUCAUCGAAUACUUUAACAUCACAUGGGUGGGUGAUGGAAUCAGGUGCCAGGCCACUGCUGCUGUAUUUUUAUUUUUAACUUCCAUAAAAUGUGCGGUUUAUGAUAAGAUUAAACUUUUAGCUCACUCAAACUCUAUCAGUUGUACUUCUUACGUGUAUGGGCAUUUUGUGCCAACAUAACGGUAAUAUCAAGACCCACCAUAUUUAGCCAUGCAUCUCUGAUUAUAUGAAAUGUACUUGUACUUGUUUAUAUCGAUAUGAACGCUAAGGUUUGACUGCAUUAUAUGGAAGCUGCAUACACUAGAUCCUGUCAUUUCUCACUAACAGGAAACACUACAGAUAUUCUUGUAGGUCAUGUAUUGCAAAAACAGAUUUUCUAUCACAUGUAAGCAUUAUUCUUUCAUAAUUGUCCAAAGGGCAGCAGGGACAUUUGGUCCAUCUGCCGAGUUUUCGAUGUUGAGUUGUUUCUCCUUGGGUCAGUGCAACAAACCUGCUUAGCACUAAUGGCUGCCGUUUCUGUUUGGUCAAGCACAUUCCUGGUACUUGGAGAUGUGAACACUAAUUAACGGAAUGGAUGCUUUUGCUUGAGGUCCAUACUGAAGUGACGGAUACAGGAAAUAUGAAGCUAACUUUUUUUUUUUUUCCUAUUUCAAAUAAUUUACCUGUACGUAGGACCACUUAUUAGAAAUGACUUUAUGUUGUUGUUGCUUUUUUGAUAACAGGUUAAAAAAAUGAAGCGGUGUAUAAAAUUGAAGUAAUUUGUUUGUUUGUUCGAUUAGCUUUUUUUUUUUUUUUUUUUUAAGCAUACCAAAUGUAAAUGAUGUACUAUAAUGUGUGCCAAUCCCCUUUCUUUGUAGAGCCAGACUUUUAACAAGUGCCAAUAUUGUGUAAAACCAUAAAAAAAAGGACUUGGUCAAUGUAUUUUAUGGUCCUGUUUUUGAAACAAACACCAAGUAUGUGAUUAAGUUAAACAGAUAAAGGACACUUCUAUUGCAUAUUUAAGGUGAAAGACGCUAAACUUCUUUUAACUGAAAUUCCAUCUUAAAUGCAUGUGUGUCUGAUUUGCUGGGGUUUGGUGGGUGAGGAAACAUGGGGGGCCUAAUUCUUGCUCAUUUACAGUGUUUUAGCCAUAUUUCUCUUUUCUAUGGUUCAUUUCAGCCACUGUUGCCUGAAGCUCAUUCAAACAUGGAAACAAUUUUCAUAACCUUCUCCUUAAAAGAAAAAAAACCUAUCUGUUUUAAAUUGGAAUAAACUUUGUUCCUAUA